UCGUCGCCUCCCCCUUCUCCUCUCCGGCCAGCGUCACGAGAACUCCCAAUAUAUAAAAGCAAAAGCGACUCCAUCUUUUCCAUUCCGUGACGACAUCGAGGGAAUUCCACCACUGUUGAAUAUUGUUAUAUAGACAUAUCGUACGCAUGGCAACGAUGGCUUCCUCCCAAAGCCUCCCGUCUUCCUCACUAGCCAUUUUGUCCAGCAGUUGCCGCGAUGCAGUCCGAGGCCGCUGACUCCCGCAUCGACGCCGCCGCCGCCGCCGCGGAGUCCCACGAGCCCCAGUCGCCCACCGGCCGCCAGAUCAUCGACUUCGAGCUCCGCAACUCACUCCCCCGCGUCCGUGCCACCUCGCCGUCCUCUGCCGAUCCUCCGCCCGGGCCUGCCGCUGCGUCGCUGGUCAUGGGUACCGACCCGGGAUCCACGCUCAAGAUCGUCAAGGGAGAGUUCGGCUACGUCCUCGAGGACGUGCCCCACCUCACCGACUACCUCGCCGAUCUCCCGACAUACCCAAAUCCAAUCAAAGAAAAUCCAGCAUAUUCAGUUGUCAAGCAGUUCUUCGUUAAUCAAGAUGAUACUGUUCCAAAGAAGGUUGUUGUCCAGAAAGACAGCCCAAGAGGGAUCCAUUUUAGACGUGCUGGACCCCGCCAAAGGGUGUACUUUGAAUCAGAUGACGUGAAUGCAUGCAUUGUAACAUGCGGAGGUCUUUGCCCUGGGCUUAACACAGUGAUCCGUGAAAUAAUAUGUGGCUUGUCCUACAUGUACGAUGUCAACAAAGUUCUUGGUAUCGAGGGUGGAUACAGGGGAUUCUAUGCUCGCAACACCGUACAGUUGACACCAAAGAGUGUAAAUGAUAUUCAUAAACGUGGCGGCACAAUCCUCAGCACAUCACGGGGAGGUCAUGAUACCUCGAAGAUAGUUGACAACAUUCAGGAUCGUGGGAUAAAUCAGGUUUACAUCAUAGGAGGAGAUGGAACCCAAAAAGGAGCUGCUGCUAUUUUUGAGGAAAUCCGAAGGCGUCGCCUUAAAGUUGCUGUUGCUGGGAUCCCUAAGACAAUAGAUAAUGACAUUGCGGUUAUUGACAAGUCCUUCGGCUUUGAUACUGCUGUCGAAGAAGCCCAGCGGGCAAUUAAUGCUGCACAUGUGGAGGCUGAGAGUGUUGAGAAUGGUAUAGGCGUAGUGAAACUAAUGGGUCGCUACAGUGGGUUCAUUGCAAUGUAUGCUACUCUAGCGAGCCGAGAUGUCGACUGUUGCUUAAUUCCAGAAUCACGAUUUUAUCUGGAAGGAAAAGGUGGUCUUUAUGAAUACAUAGAGAAGAGGCUUAAAGAAAAUGGACACAUGGUAAUUGUUGUUGCCGAGGGAGCAGGACAAGAUCUUAUUGCUGAAAGUAUGAAGUCAAUGGACCAUGAAGAUGCUUCUGGAAACAAGCUGCUUCUGGAUGUUGGGCUUUGGUUGUCCCAGGGAAUAAAGAAUUACUUCACAAGCAGACAAAAGAUGACAAUAAAUCUUAAAUAUAUAGAUCCGACAUAUAUGAUUCGUGCAAUUCCAAGCAAUGCAUCUGAUAACGUCUAUUGCACGCUUCUGGCACAAAGUGCAGUCCAUGGGGCAAUGGCUGGAUACACAGGUUUCACUGUGGGGCUAGUUAAUGGCAGACAGACAUACAUACCAUUUGACAGGGUGACAGAAAAACGAAAUAAGGUCGUCAUCACUGACAGAAUGUGGGCAAGGCUGCUGUCAUCAACCAAUCAGCCAAGCUUUUUGAGUUCGAAAGAUGUCGAGGAGGCAAAUAUAAGAGAGGAGCAACCCAAACAGACAUCUGGCGAGGUAAAUAUGAAAUACCCAGAAACAAAGGAUUCCUACAGACAGAAGCUAGAAUUUUUGUUAUUUUCUUUCCCAUAGGAAGAAGAUGAUUUUUUUUUUUUGUGCUAGAAAGCCAACUCCUACGUGUUUCUUUAAGCAUCGAAAUCAAUGUAAUCUCAUGCCUCCUACUGGAAGAUGAAGCCUUUUUUUUUAACUAGAAAGGGGACUCAAAAGUGUAGUGUUUCUUUAAGCAUCAAAACCAGUGUAAAUCUGAUUCCUACCUAAAAGAGGGUCAGUAUGCUGAAACAACGAAACAUUCUAAUCUGAGUAGCCGCAGGGACUCGGGUUAGUUUCAGAGACAGUAUCAGAAACCCUAAUCGGAGAGUUAGGGAUCGAUGGAAGAUCCUGGUUCGCCCCCAAUUCGGGGGGACAAUAUUGCUCGCGAAACGUGAUGGAUUUACUUGAGAGAAAGAGAAGGAAUGAAAGCGUACCAUUGAGAUCGAUAGCCGAGAGCGACAGAGAGU